AUGACUCAACACGCUUCCAAUUACUCUUUUGUUGUAGACCCUCCUGCUCGUCUUCACAAAGAUGCCUCCAUUCCCAAGCCUAACAUAUCCAGCAUGGAGGAGUACAAAGCCAUGUAUGAACAAUCCAUACAUGAUCCUACUACCUUCUGGGGGAAAAUGGCUCGCGAAAUAAUCCACUGGGAAAAGCCUUUUGAAACUGUCAAGCAAGGGUCCAUCGAAAACGCUGAUGCUGCUUGGUUUACUGACGGUUUAAUUUCACCCUGUUAUAAUCUUGUCGACCGUCAUGCCAUCGAGCGUCCUAAUGACAUUGCUUUGAUAUAUGAAGCUGAUGAACUUAAUGAAGGCCGCAACAUCACUUAUCGCCAACUUUUGGCCGAUGUAUCCCAAUGUGCUGGUGCAUUGGCUUCCCUUGGCGUUACCAAAGGUGAUCGCGUUGCCAUUUACAUGCCUAUGAUUCCGGAAACUGUUAUUACUAUGUUGGCCAUUAUUCGUUUAGGUGCUAUUCACUCUAUCAUUUUUGCUGGGUUUUCUUCCGAAUCUGUGACUGAUCGUAUCAAUGAUUCUUCCUGCAAACUCAUCAUCACCUGUGAUGAAAGCCAUCGUGGUGGUAAACGUAUUCCUCUCAAGUCUGUUGUGAACAGAGCAUAUCCUAACUGCCCCACUUUAACCAACGUCCUUGUUUUCCAACGUUCUCCUGAUGCUUCCACCGCCAUGGAAGAAGGCCGUGAUAUUUGGUGGCACGAUUUGGUACCAAAAUUCCCCAAAUAUUGUCCUCCCGCCGUCGUUAACCCUGAGCACCCAUUAUUCCUUCUCUAUACUUCUGGUAGUACUGGUAAGCCUAAGGGUGUCGUCCACACGACUGGUGGAUACUUGCUUGGUGCUGCUGCCACUUGUAAAUACAUUUUCGACCUCCAUCCUACCGACCGUAUGGGUUGUGCUGGUGAUGUUGGUUGGAUUACUGGUCACACCUAUAUUGUUUACGGACCCCUUAUGAUGGGUUCUGCCACCCUUGUGUUUGAAGGUACUCCAGCUUACCCCGAUUAUUCUCGCUAUUGGAACAUUGUCGAACGCCACAAGUUAACUCAAUGGUACAUUGCUCCUACUGCAAUCCGUCUUCUUCAGCGCGCUGGUGACGAGUAUGUCAAGUACGACCGUUCAUCUCUCCGUGUCUUGGGAAGCGUUGGUGAGCCCAUCGCUCCUGAAUCAUUUAUGUGGUACUAUAAUGUGGUAGGACAAGGUCGUUGUGCCGUAACUGAUACUUAUUGGCAAACUGAAACUGGUUCUCAUAUUGUCUCUUCCAUGGGUCCUAUUACCCCCAUGAAGCCUGGUUCUGCCACACUUCCCUUUUUCGGUAUUGACGCUGUAAUUAUUGACCCUCUCAACGGUAAAGUAAUUGAAGGCAAUAAGGUUGAAGGUGUUCUCGCCAUUCGCAGUAGCUGGCCCAGUGCUGCCCGUACUGUCUGGAAAGGACAUGAUCGUUUUAUUGACACCUACUUGAAGCCUUAUCCUGGUUUCUACUUUACUGGAGAUGGUGCAUAUCGUGAUGAAGACGGCUAUAUUUGGAUUCGUGGCCGUGUUGAUGACGUUGUAAAUAUUUCUGGUCAUCGUUUGAGUACCGCUGAAAUCGAGGCUGCUUUGAUUUCUCAUGAUUCUGUCGCCGAAUCUGCUGUUGUGGGUGUCCCUGAUGAACUAACUGGACAAGCUAUUAAUGCCUUUAUUCUGCUUAAACCAAAUGCAGUCGCCAAUGUUGAUCUUGAAAAGCAGCUAAUUAUGAGCGUUCGUUCUACCAUUGGACCCUUCGCAGCUCCUCGUAAACUCAUUUUCAGUGAUCUUCCCAAGACUAGAAGUGGAAAGAUUAUGCGUCGUAUUCUCCGUAAGAUCCUUGCUGGCGAGACUGAUCAGAUUGGUGAUUUAAGUACUCUUGCCGAACCCAAGGUGGUGGAACACAUCAUUCACGCUGUUCAUCAUACUCACCAAAAGAGUUCUUAG